UUACAAUGAAUAAUUGGAGGUGAUUUUUCAUAGUUGUCAGUGACAACCUAACAAAAAAUGGAGACUAAAACUGAAGAACCUGUGAUAGAAGUACUGGAGCACGCCACAGGGAGUAUCUACACUGGACCACUCACCAAUGGCAGAAUGGAAGGCAAGUGUGAGUAUGUAUUACCAACAGGGACCAAGUACGUUGGAGACAUGAAAGAUGGAAUGUUUCACGGUCACGGUACACUGUACUUCACGACUGGGGGCCAUUUUGAGGCUAACUGGGAGAAUGGUAGAGCAGUCACAGUACAAACUGGCAACGGAGGGACAUACACGUUCGACGAUGGACUCAAAUAUGCCGCAGACGAGUGGGAUUACUGUAUGCCUGUAGAUAGAAGAUUCUACUCUGAGGUGUGCAAUGGACUAAAGCCAGCUGGGAGGACGCGACUUAUAGACAAAGAGGUCCCUGCUGAGUUACCUUUAGGAUGGUAUGACUGUGGAGAUGGACUGUACAACCCUGAGAACAGAGUGGUGUAUACAUACGAGAAGAUAUUUCUGAGGAAUGCAGACAUUGAUGAACAUGAGUGGAUUGUGAGAACUUGUAGGAAAGGAAUCAAUAUAGAAGAACAAUUGUAGCUGUAUUCGAUCCUCUUUUUUGAUAAAUACAUGUACAUUUUUUAUAAGAAUGGUCUUGAAUUUACACA